AAGGUGAGAGAAAAAUUCGCCGCCAAGAAAUUGCUGUCAAAGAGUUGAGCUGAGCGAGCGCGAGUGGUUGUUCCUCGCCUCCGCGUUCGAAGACUUAAUUUUGGAAGAGCGGCCGAUGCUGUGAGAAGGAACCCUUUGGAUUUUGCAGCAGGAUGGCGUCCGAGCUGCUGAUGCCGUCGCCGACGCACGAGUCGUUCCCUCGCGGCAGCGCCCUGCUGAUGGCCGACGGCUACCGGCCCAGGUACAACAAGUCGCUCGACUCGCUGGACACGACCGUCGACGCACCGGCGGCCACCACCAACCAGCCGGCGGCCAAGUUCUACCAGGCCGGCGCCGCGGCCGCCCGCAAGAGCGAGGACAACAUCCUGGGCCUGACGUCGCCCGCCCUCGUCACGCAGUACCUGAACGUCGGCGCCGACAAACAGGCCAACACGCCGCACAAAUUCGAGCAGUGCGUCGCCCAGCAAAACCAUCACCAGGGCCCGUCACGGCUGCUCUGCGACAGGGUCGACCCUGAGGACAGCAUCAGGGACAUGGUCUCUGAGAAUGACUUUUACAGGUUUGUGCUCUUCAAGAGGCACUACGACAAGUAUCUGCGGCUGUCGCAGAAAUACGAGGAGGCCCGAAACAUCGCCUACUACCUCGAGGAGAAAUACCACGAGAUAAAGGGUGAACGCGACGAGUUGGCCAAGGCGCGAGAGGAGCUGGAACGGAGGGUCGAACAGAGGGAUGCCCAGCUGCUGGACAAGGACGAGGAGCUCUUUCUGCAGCUUGAGAAAGUCGUGCGUUUGGAAGAGGAGUGUGACAAGCUGCGCGCCGAGAAGGAACGGUUUUUGGAUUUGCAACAGAAGCUACAGGCGGAAAGGGAUGCCGCCCUGCGACAGGUACAGUCAUGCGAAAUUCAAGAGCCCCCCAUAGAAAGACCGCCCCUUCCUGACCCGGCCCUUUUAUGGCAGAUGAGAGCUCAGGCUGGCCAGUCCGAGUUCCAGCGGAGAAACCUGGAGCGGGCUCGUUUUGACGCAAUUCACCAGGCCACCCUGAUCUCUGCCGAGAAGAACAUGCUCGAAAAAGAGAAUGAACGUCUCCGGCGAGAGUUGGAGGAGGAAAGACAGGGCAUUGGAAAUUUCCUGGAAGAUUUGUCCGAGCAGAAAAGCCGGGCCAGCCAAAGUGUUGCUGUCCUCGAAAAAGAGCUCUCUGAACUUCAAGUUUCUUCACAACAAACUGCCAUGCUCAAUAGUCAGUUUAAAAAGGCAAUGAAGCACCUGGCCACUUGCAAGAGGAAAAAGUGCUCUGUUUGCAGCUACACCAAGGCCACAUUCGGAGAUUAUGCUGACCGCUUCAGGCACCAGCGAAAACUCUUUUCCUGCAUUCAAGCACCUCUGGAGGAUUUGCGGCAGUGGAUCCGGCCGUCGUCCUCCAUGGACAAGCACUCUUUGUCUGGCAGCCAAAACGAGUCCGAGGAGGCAGGCUGUUCUUUGGAUCAUGAAGACUUGCUGCACUCGUCGCCAACCAGGGCACCCGCAGUGUCCGGACCCUCUGGUCUGUCCUACAUUGACAGUGACGAGAGUAGUGAGAGCAGCGAAGCAGAAGACGAAGAGGUUAGUACAACAAGCUACGACGAAGAAGAAGAAGAUGAAGAGGAGCAAGAGUUGGCUGUCUCAUCUUUGCCCACCGACGUCUCAUUGACCUCCAACUCGACUGCCGCACGGGCCUUUUCCUCCGACUCUGGCUUCUCGUCUGAGCUGUGUGACUCAAAGACAGCGGGAAUGGGCGAAGCCACUCCGUCUCCCCCUCCCAAAACAGCCCUCAACAGGUCCAAGUGGACAGCUUCGUUCAGGAAGUUGAUCCACAGAGUCUCCAAGAGGUAAAAAAGAGCCUAGAACACGGAUGUAAAUAUACUUUGACUGCGGUUAUUCAAUGCGGAAUACGGGGCUCAAACCUUGACUUGCUGUUUAGAAUUUUGAAUGAUUUCAUCUUCUCUGGGCCUGUGUUUCAUCCUCUUGAGACUCGGCACUUGUUGCAACUUCUGUUCAGUAUUUUGGUACAGCAACAGAAAACAAAUAGAACCAGGGCUCAAAAGUUUGUUUAGCAUUAGCUUUUAUUGUAAAAUAUUUUUUAACGCUGCAAAAUUAGUUCAACUUACUUUUUAUAACCUCAGUAUUAUUCACUACUCAGUUUCACGUACUUAAAUAAUUUAAUAACAGUAAAUGAAAUUUUGGCAGGCGCUGUCAUCUUUCUCUCUUAGAUUAGCCACAUUUGCAUUUUGCUCCCAAAGCUACUUGGCCCUGGUAUUUUUAAUCUAUGAAGAAGCCGCAAAAUUGUAUUCAAGCUCUCUUUCUCUGUUGUCUUGCCAUGGACUGCUGUUACCCUUUUACUCUCAUUGAACUGCACAUUCUCCAUUACAUACUUAACUGUCAGCAGUCUUUUAAGUGACCACUGUACAAAUGCAUUUAGAAAACAGAGACAAGAGUUUAAAAAGAAAAAUGCUGUCACGCUGUUGUUGCAUCAUCGGAUCAAAUGUUAUGCACUUACUUAGAAUGUACUUAAGCUAUUGAAUAAUGUGGUGCCAUUAAGGAGAGGGAGGAUGAGUUUUAACGAAGAGUUCUUUAUCCAGACAUGGUGGAAAUAUUCCUAGUAAGUGAUGGCGCAAGCUGAUCGUCUUUCCUCUGUUGCGACUAUCGCUCUACGAUCAAGAGGCUUGCGGGUGCCUUUGCUAUGAUAAAUUAAAAGCGCCUGGUUUCGGACCGAUACUUUUCUUGACAAACUGUGAGCAGGCUUUGUGUCCAUGGUUAUGCUGCUUCUGCCAAUUAAUUAAGUGGCGCGCGUUCUGUUGAUUGAUGUUUGAUUUUGCUUUCAGAUGUCAACGUCGUCACGCCUUUGCAAAUUAAAAAAAAGACAUGAUUGAUCUAUGAUUACCUCUUUUUGUUGCAAUUUUUAGUUCUCGCCUUUUCAAAAGGCUGAGAGCAAAAGUAAUCAAAUGCAACGUGAAUUCUGAUCACGAGACUCAAGUUCUGCCUGAUUUUUCUGCUGCUAUAAUUGUAAAAAUGUUUUAUUGAAAGCUUUCAAGUAUUAUUCUCAUUCAUGCCACACAUUCCAAUAGUUUUUCUGGACUCAAAACUGUUUGGUCUCCAACUGCUUUGGAGAAUGGGGUUGGUUGUUUUUCGAUUGGCACGAUUCGGAAGGUUGCCGAAAUUUUAGUCUGAAUAAAAUGAUUUUUAACCCUCGGAGAUUCUCAACUGGUUGAGAAUUUUCAGAGAACAGUUUUAAUUUAAAAAACGAAGUGGGAGCAUUCUUUGAGGCAACAAAUAGUUUUGAAUUCCCCAUUGAAAUCAAACACUAUUUAAUACUUGCAAAGCUGACUGUGAAUCCAGAAGGGAAAAACUUUUGUCAUGUCUCAUUAUUUCAUUUUGAUCAAAUCUGCGAACCAAUAGCGUCUUUUUCUUUUGAGCCAAACAUCCCCAAAAUGCUGAUCCAAUCUAACUUUUGUUUUUUUACACAGUUAAUUGUGAUUUGAUUUUUUUCUUGAUAAUGGCAAUAACACACCAUGUAGUUCAGUUUGUUAGGGUAUCAAGAUAAAUGAGAAAAUUUAAAAGAGAUGAUAUUAAACUUGAAAAUAUUUUGUAGAGUGGUGCAAUAUAAUGAAAAGAAAUAUUUAGUGGGUUCCCAUUGGACAGGGUAAACUUGAAAAUUUGGAUUUUAAUGCAUAGUUUAAAUUGCCUGUUCAAUGUCUGGAUUUGAAACCUUUUGUAAAUAUUGAAAGAAAUAAAAACUGCAAGUAUAAUAACA